GUUUUAUUAUUCCUUAUUAUUCCAAAAUCCUCUACGGACCUUCUAGGGUUUAGAAAAGUCUGACGGUGGGUUUUGGCAGCAGCAGCAGCAGUAGAGAAAGCCAGAGCGAGAGAGUACAAGAAGGAGAUGAGUCGGAGCCUGGGGAUACCGGUGAAGCUGCUGCACGAGGCGGCGGGGCAUGUGGUGACGGUGGAGCUCAAGAGCGGCGAGCUCUACCGUGGGAGCAUGGUCGAGUGCGAGGACAACUGGAACUGCCAGCUUGAGAACAUCACCUACACCGCCAAGGAUGGAAAAGUAUCACAACUUGAGCAUGUUUUCAUCAGAGGCAGCAAAGUAAGGUUUAUGGUCAUUCCUGAUAUGCUGAAAAAUGCCCCAAUGUUCAAACGUUUGGAUGCAAGAAUCAGAGGCAAAGGCUCAGCUCUUGGAGUUGGACGUGGCCGUGCAGUUGCUAUGCGUGCUAGGGCUCAAGCUGCUGGUCGUGUUGGUGCUGCUGCUGGUAGGGGUGGUGUGCCUCCAGUAAGAAGGUAGUCGUCACCUUCUAGCACUUCACACGUCGCUCGGAUCUUGCCAUCACAGAAAAUCGUAUUGAUCCUUUUUUGAAUCUUUCUCUGGUAGAAAGGGGAUGUAAACAACGGAUUGUUUAAUGGAUGCAAGGAAGACAUUUUUCUGUUACCAGUUUAAUCCUCAUGCGACAUCUAAUGACCUUUCCUGGAAGCCUCUUCUUGUUAUUAUGGCCUUUGCAUUUUUCCUUCACUGCUUCUAGUACCUCUAAACAUUUUAUUGAUGCGAUGUUGUUCCUAAAUGAGUGUGGAAGGUGUACAUGCAGUGUUUUAUCA